AUGGCUGCAAUCUACUACUUUGCCAUCGUUGGCGCCACUGACAAUCCUAUCUAUGAAACCGAUAUUAUCCCUUCUUCACGCUCAUCCUCAUUGCUGGAACACAACAAGCGUGAUGACCAUAAGCAUCUCAACCAAUUCAUUGCACAUGCAGCACUCGAUGUCGUAGAAGAAGUCCAAUGGGGAACGCAGGCCAUGUACCUAAAGUCAGUCGAUCGAUUCAACGAGCAAUAUGUGUCAGCCUUUGUUACUGCAAACAAUGUCAAAUUCAUGUUAUUACACGAUCAAAAAUCAGAGGACAGCAUCAGGAACUUCUUCAACGACGUGUAUGAGCUCUAUAUUAAGAUAUUGAUGAAUCCCUUUUAUGAAAAGAACUCGCCCAUCGCUAAUCCUCAAUUCGACAACCGGGUCAAGAUGAUCGCUCGUCGAUUCCUUUGA